AUGCAAAAGAUUCCAUAUGCUUCUGCAGUUGGAAGUCUUAUGUAUGCACAAGUAUGUACGCAUCCGGAUAUUGCGUUCAUAGUUGGUGUGUUAGGCAGAUAUCUCAAUAACCCUGGAAUGGAUCAUUGGAAAGCAGCUAAAAGGGUGAUGAGAUACCUAAAGAAAACAAAGGAUUAUAUGUUCACAUAUAGGAGGUUAGACCAUUUGGAGAUCGUUGGGUAUUCUGACUCCGAUUUUGCGGGUUGCCUAGACAGUAGGAGAUCUACAUCUGGCUGCGUUUAUGCAUUGGCUGGAGGAGCCAUUUCUUAG